AUGGCUUCAAGUUUUGAUGAGCUCUUACACCCACUGUCGCCGAUGGACGCGGUGAUGCACAGCUUUGGUUUUGUCAUUCUGUACAUCUUUCCUCCUUCGACAUCUGUCAGCUUUGAUCUCAACAAGUUGCACUCGUCGUUUAUUGCUCUUGUAGAACAAGACUAUCCCAUUCUAAUUGGGGAGCUAUACGUCGAUCCAAGUUCCGGAAUCGUGAAUGUAAAGCAAUCAGCGGAGUGCCGUCAGAAAGGGGCUGCUGGCAUCCGAUUUGAGACUAAUCCGCGGAAUUCUAUGACGACGGAGCAGGCAAUUGAGGAACGAUCGUUGGAUUUGAUGCCUGGUACGCGAGGUAAGAAAGAGUUGAUUUGUGCUAAGGGAACGCUCCUGAAGGAUGGGGGAUUGGCUAUUGGUAUAAAUGCAAGCCACACGUUGUUUGACGGAGAAGCCAUGUUUACCUUCAUGACCGUUUGGGGUCAGCUAUACAAUGGUGUCAAGAAAGAAGAAAGAAUUGUCGUGAGUCAUGCUCGACACUUGCUCAAUGGAUCGGGAAAAGAAGCGAAGAUGAACCAUCCUGAAUUUCGUGUUGUGCAAACGAACGGGGCUACUGAGAAUGCACAACUUCCUACUAAAGUUCCACCCGCAACAUCUCACCACUUAUUUCAUUUUACUUCAAAGAUGAUGAAGAGAAUCAAGGAUGUGGCGACAAGCAGUCGACUGGAUGGUCAAGUAGCUGCUGAGACGCCGUAUGUCAGCACAGUCGACGCCAUAACUGCUCUUUUUACAAUAUUAAUCUCUAGAGCUCGCGAUCAUCGCCAGGAUGUGAACAUUACAACUGGUGUGAACGCUCGACGCCGUUUGAACCCGCCAUUGCCGCAGAAUUACGUGGGAAAUGCCAUUUUUAAUGCAUUCUCGACGUACAAAAAUGUCGAGCUGCAGCCACAAGCAGAAGACGAAGAUUUUGUGUCGCCAGCAAUGUUAAAUAAGGUUGCUCGAUGCGUGCGUGACUCGAUUCUUCAACGCAACAACGCGUACCUACGCGAUGCUAUUGAUUUUUUGACUUUGCAAAACAACGUCGCGGCCGUUCAGGUGGGUACAAACUUUGUGUUCGGUCCUGACCUCAUGUUUACAUCCUGGCUGCAUCUGGGGAUGUAUAAAGCUGACUUUGAUGGUGUGCACCCUUGGUUUGCAUGUGCUCCUCGACUACCAUGCUACGAUGGGUUUGUUAUGAUCACUGAAGCUCAAAAGGGAGGAGACGGAAUUGAUGUGGCUGUUUUUCUUGAGAGUAAUGCCAUGCAAAAGCUAGAUAAGAUGUUUGCUGAGGUGUCCUAUCUUUACAAUGACAAAGUAUAG